AUGGGAAAAGGAGAUACUAGCAUAACAACCACUAAACCAAAUAAGAAAUUCGACACUUUGGAUGAUCUUUCAAAGACUCAAGCUAAAGAGGAAAUCGAGAUCAUUGAAGAUGAUGAAUUCGAAGAGUUUGAAGAUAACAUUGAAAAUCAAAAUGAAGAUCAAGAUACAGUUAAAGCACAAUGGGAAGAUGAUUGGGAUACCGAACAAAUUGAUGAUGAAUUCUCUCAACAAUUAAGACAAGAAAUAGAAACAAAUUCAGCAAUGAAACAAUAG